AUGUCGUGCGGCCGGGUCGGCGGGAGGAGCGGGACGGCAGAGGGGGAAUACGAGGAAAAAGUAGACUCGGCGGGACCGUCGCCGCCGCCGCCGCCGCCGCUGCCACCGCCGGAGAGAGGCCGUAAAGGCGUCGGGACGCCGCCGCCGCCGCCACCGCCGCCGCCGUGUCAGCGCCAGAUGCCGCUGCGACCGGGCGACUCCCGGGUUAUGAUUUAUCUGUUGCUAUCGCCGACUUAUUACGUUGUCUCGGCCGGCGCAUUCGGCUCUGUUCUUGUCAUGUUUACAACCGCACUGCGAGCCUCCGCCGCCGUCUUUUUGCGGCUCAUCUGA